AUGGAUUCCAGCAAUCCUUUCGAUUCCCCCUCCCUUUCCGGCCUCGGCUCUCUGACCGGCUUCGACGACACCCUGACUUUCACCGAUGCAUUCGCGCUGGAUGAUGAGCCUCUGUUCCCAGCGGACUGGGCCCAGCAGGAGUCUUCUCCAGACGAGAGCGGCCUCAGCUCGACUUCCCUGAGCUGGGACCCUCAACUGAAGUCCGAAGAGCUUCCAUCCCCCGCAUAUAACAGCAUGAGUACGCUUACUCCUGCUCAGCAGGAGAGGCUGCGCAAAAUCGCAAUGCCCCAACACCUCCAAUAUCGAAGUCAAGACAGUCCCAGCUCAGAUGCGAGUACGCGCAAAAGCACUUCGGUGUCAUCUCCAGAAAGCAAUGGCCAGAAUCGAAAACGCAAAUCCUCAGACGGCGUCGACGAUGAAGAUGACGAAGAAUCCUCAGGCCAACAUCCUCCCGUGAAGAAGACGGCACACAACAUGAUCGAGAAGCGGUACCGAACAAACCUGAAUGACAAGAUCGCUGCUUUACGGGAUAGCGUUCCGAGUCUACGAAUAAUGACAAAGAGCGCGCGGGGCGAAGACACUACCGAUGAUAGGGAAGAUUUACAGGGCUUGACCCCUGCCCAUAAGCUGAAUAAAGCAACUGUUUUAAGCAAAGCCACAGAAUACAUCAACCACCUAGAGAAACGGAAUAAACGUUUAGAGGACGAGAAUAUGUUCAUGAAAGGCCGUAUUGAUGCCUUCGAGAAACUUUUCAUGUCCGGCUCGAUGGGUUUGAAUUCCACACCUCACUACACACAGCCCUUCCCAUAUAGUCCAGAGUACGACGCCCCAGGUCCAUCACCAACUGGAGAGCCGCAAGGAAUGAUCCCCAUACCGGAAGAUAUACGCAGACUUCAUAGUCAGUCAAUUCAGCAACAAAGCUUCCUUGCCUCACAAGAAAAUUCCCAACCAAAUCGACGCCAAAACAGCACGAGCGGAUGGCAAACCGGUGGUGGCUACUUCGGCAGGUUGAUGGUUGGAUCACUAGCGGGCCUGAUGAUUAUGGAGGGCUUCAGCGAGGCAGAGCAAGAAGGCGACACUCCUGGCGCACGUGGCCUAUUUGCACUCCCAACGCAGCUGCUCAGAAGCGCUAGUCAGAUGCUUCAUUCGUUUUUCAACUUCAACGUCGUAGGCUACCGGACACUUGAUUACAUGAAGAUCUGGCUUAUCCUCGGCGCAUUACUCUACGCAUUCAUACCCUCCCUCUUCGCAAGAACACCAAAAUCAAAAGCUGGCGAGACGCAAAAGACGCUAGCUGCAGCCCCUUCACUUGCUUCAUCUAUUCAAGUUCGCAGACAGGCAUGGCUUACGGCUAUCCAAACAGUUUGGGUCCCGCGACACAAUUUAUUCCUCGAAGCGGCUGCCUUACUCUUGAAGAUAGUAAAGCUCAGCAUGUUGAACUUGAUUGGAUCGCACGGCUAUGCGUACCUCACUGGGGUCACUCAACAACAAGAAGAAGCUAGAGUCAAGGCCUGGGAAAUCGCUCUCGAUGCCCAAUUGGCUGGUGGAGAUGUUGAAGUGAGCAAGAGCAGACUGACCCUAACGUUGUUGGCUUCUGGUACAUUACCAGAUACACCUGCUAGAUUGAUGCUCAAGGCCGUCCACAUUCGAGUCCUGUUAUGGGAGAUUGGGAACGCAGGCUUCAAUGGAUUCUCCAUGUUCCAGGUAUUUGCUACAAGGCUAGCUAGAUGGAAGUGGAAUGAGGCGAAGCAGUUGCAACGGUCACUUGCCCGUACUAGAGGCCAACAUGGGGACGAACUUCCAGAACACCUUGCAGCUCUUUUGGAUCAAGAAUGCGAUGAGGUUCUGGUUGACACCAUUGGUCAACGAGCCUAUAAUCUCGCCUGGAACCUACCGACCACGCACAAUUCAGAAGGUUCUAGUGAUGCGAUGGAUGGCGUAGUUGAAGACUUCGCAAUUCGAAGCCCACUUGACGCAGUCGCGGCAUGGUACUCAAGCCUCGUUUUGCAGAGGGCUCUUUCCAAAAGUUUGGAGAUGAAAGGGGGUGAUGCGGCAGCGCAAAAGUCUAUUGUCGACGAUAUCGCGCUCGCAGUGAAGACAGCACCUCUUGGAUCAGGCGCUCAAACCCGUGCUCUUAUUGCUCGGGCUGUCUUAGUCAAGGAGAAACGAGGAGCUAGUAUUGGGGCUGCCCUCCAGGUACUCGGGCCGUCCGGGUUGCGGAAGGACAAGAACGAGGCGGUCCCAACUCUCAUCAACACCGCAACCUCCAUCGCAGCCCUCCCGGACAUCACAAUAUCUCUCAAUUGUGCCGUGGCCAUUGCGUAUCUUCAGCGCUUCCCCUCACCGUCAAAUCCAGAAGCAGCUCAUGGACUUAUCAACAGCAUUGUGCCGGUUGAUCUGACACUCCUUUCAUUUACCGCUUUAUUCAAAUUGAUCGAAGAGAUCAAUGGGCAUGAGCUCGUAGCUGCUACUUGCACCAAAGCACUGGAAAGAUUGGCUGGCAAUCUUAGAGUUUGGAUUGGUAGCAAGGAUGGCGAGAAGAGUGGCUUAGACAGAGAGACUAAGAGAGAGAUAGUGGAGAGAUGCUUGGACAUCACAAAGCAAGUUGUUGGGAUGAAGGACGCCGGAUAUGAGAGUAUGAGCGAAGAAGAUAUGGGUGAGGGUUGUUGA